AUGUCUUCGAAAAUCCUCGCCGCCAGCGCCCGCGCUGUGCCCCGUGCCGUCCCCGCCGUGCGCGCCGCCCGCACCUUCCAGACAUCCGCCACCCUCCGCGACGCUGUCGCAACACCUCUGCCAGCACGGAAACCCGUAGGCGCCUUUCGAGGCGGCCUCCUCGGCUUCUUCGCCGGCAGCUCCCUCGCCGGCGCCGGCGUCUACUCCUACCUCGUCAAGGAGUACAAGCUCUCCAACGAGCUCCUCACCGAGGACAUUUACGCUCUGCAAGCGGCUGUCCAGCGUGUGACCGUCUACGUCCAGACGCUGGAGGAGAAGAUGGAUGCGCUCGAGCGCAAGAGGAAAUAA